AUGAGAACGACAAGCCCAGAGGAUCAGCAUCGCCAAGGAGAACAUCAGAGCCGGAGCCAUACAGCCCCAGAAGAAUCCGAGAACGAUAUCCCUUCCGUUCCGGAGGUUAGCAAGGAAUCGAUUCCGUCAACGCAUAAUGGAGUGCUGGGAGAUUCUUAUGCCGGAGGGUCUGAAAUUGGCUCCGAUAAUAGUGAAAACCCGGAGUGGGAAAUUGACUCUUCACCAUAUGAGUCCUCUUCCUCAGAUUCCUCCUCUGAUAGCAGCGAUGAUGAUGGCGAUAGCAGCGACGACUAUGACUUAUUAGACCCUGAAGAGCAAGCCCGUAUAUUAAUGGCUGCGGAGGGGGGUUCCGAUGAUGAGGGAGAUGAAAAGCACAAAGGGUCCCAUAUUAGAACUGCGAACGAAAAGCCAGAGGAGAUAGUGCCGAAGCCCGACAUUACCGUCACGCCUGAGAUGAAGGUAGAAGUUCUGGGUAAUGUGGAGACAAUUGUUGAAAACGUGGUCUUAAUCAAGGCAAAUAUAUCUGGGGAAUACCAAGUGCUGGAGAGUGGCUCCGUUCUCUGCCUUGCUGACCUUAGUGUCAUUGGCAUGGUAUCGGAAACCCUUGGAAGAGUGGAGCAACCACGAUAUACAGUUCGAUUCCCAAACGAAGAAUCGAUAAAAGAAGCAAAAUUGGACAAGGGCACUCCGGUUUUCUACGUUGUGGAUCACUCUACAUUCGUUUUCACACAGCCUUUGAAGGGACUGAAGGGCAGUGAUGCAUCUAAUUUCCACGAUGAGGAGGUUGGCGAGGAGGAGAUCGAGUUCUCUGACGACGAGGCGGAGGCUCAAUACAAGCGGCAGCUCAAACAGAAACGUCAAGGAAAGAAGGAUGGGCACCGUGACGCUAACGGACACGGAAAACAGAGAAGAGAUCGAUUGGGUCCUUCUGGACUUCGGAGUUCGGAGAUAAACUAUGAUGAUAUUAACACGGAAGAUGGUUAUACUCCGUUGUCUCGGCCAAAGAAUUUUCAUGAAAUGAUAGGUCAUACAGAAGCGCCCACGGAGGAAUCGCACCUUCGCAAUCAAUUUGCAGAAAGGAAUUCUAGAGGGGGUAGAGGCAGGGGUAGAGGCAGAGGCAGUGAUCGAGGGGAGCGAGGUCGCGGGAGAGGCGGCAGCUACAAGAAGCACGGAGAUGACCGCCAACCUCGGCAGUCUCAAAAUCAUCUCGAACAGCCGCAACGGCAGCAGCAAGAAACAUCACAGCAUAUCUACCCUGGACAGUCUGCUGAAUUCACACAGGCGUUCUACCAAGCCCAGAAUCUUUCUCAACAGCAGUCCGUGCCUUACAACUCGUCUUCAUAUCCCCAUCAAACUUCCCAACAAAAUCAACCUUCCCAGGUGUUCAACACCAAUCAAGCCUUCUCCACCCCGGGUUUCUUGCCAGCGCAGCAACAAUUUCUUUUUCAACCUCUUCACCAGUCUCAAUCUUCCUCUCCUUUUCCACCCCCCGGUUCCCAUAUCAACCCAGCAUUCUUCCGCAAUCUUCAACAACAGCAACAGAAUCCACCCUACCAACCACCUCAACAAGCUCAGCAGAGGCUACAAAGCCAGCACUCAUCCCAAGUGCCUACCACACAGACAUCGGCCGAUACCUUCGCUGCUGCACAGGCCCAGCUGGAUCUGUUAAGGAGGCUUAGUCGGAGUGGUUCAUGA